UAAUAAUAAACCCGCGCUUUGAAAGCGCGGAUCAAAAUCUAGUUUAACAUUAAAGCAACUAACUUUUUCGAUGGUUUCAAUUUUCAAACGGAUAAGUUGUAGAAUAAGAAUAUGUUUCGACUUUCGUAUAUCCGAACAUUAGGAAACGUUUUUCAUCACUACUAAUCUGAACUUGCAUGGGCAUACGAAGAAACCAUUUUUUGGAUACAUGCAAAGUAAAUAGAUUCCAGUAGUGCAUGAACACGUUCAUCUAACGUAUAUAGUAAAUCAAUAUGUGUUAUGUAAAUCAAUAUGUGUUAUGUCUUUGUUAAACAAUAUGUGUAAUGACUUCAUAAAUGAUUCAGUUCAUUUAGAAUAUAUAUUUUAUAACUUUCCCAAAAUAUUAAGAGAACAGCGAUAAGACUAAAAAACACGUAUCACUCUAUGACUGAUCAUUUCAAUAUAACGUCUACUGUUUUUUUUUUUUGAAACUUAUAUUGGUUUUUGUUUUUAAUAUAACUUAUAUGGAUAGAAGAAAUAAUCUUAUAGAAUUUUAUAUUUAGUUUUGGAAAAUGACAAAAUACAAAGAAUAUCAGUCUAUUUCUAUUGAUAAUUGUAAAAUGCCACAAGAUAAAAACCAUGUAUGUAAUCGCUUUUUACAGAGUCUUAGUUGAGUUUCUAUGUUGAUGACAAAACAAAAUCGCAUUUUAAAGAUGACUGUAGUAGUUUUACAAUAAAUAUGACACUAAUAUUGUCUUUUACUGUGAACUUAGAUAGUCAAUUUAAUUAGUAACUAUUCUAAACAUAUUCCUUUAUUUUUAAGUAAUUCACUGUAAAAAUAAAAUAAUGGGUGUCAGUAAAAUUUUAAGAUAAUUUGGUCAAUUUUGUUAAAAAAAAUUAUUUUUUAGAAGUUUAGUAGUCAUCCACUUACAUACUUGAUUUGUAUUUCAAAAUUAAAUAAAGAAUGUCAAAAUAAUAAAUAUUUUCAGAUUCUUUAUUGGCUAGUCUUAUCAAAUAUAUACAAAACAAAGAUUAAUAUCUAAGCAAGUAUAGUAGUUAAUAUCAUAAUCAAUAAUGUUAAAAUUAAAUAGCAAAGUCAAAUACGAAAUAUAUUAUCAUACAUCCUCUUUGACAACUCACCAUUUAAGUUGUAAGCCACGCAUGGUUAAAUUUGUUACCUUUUGCUCUUAAAUUCGUAACGUUUAUGCUAGGCUAUUUCUCAACUGAACUCUCCUUUAUUUACAGAAAUUAAGUACAUAGUUUCAAAACCGUCAGCACUAAUAAAAACCACUUUGCAUUUUCUUACAAGCGUCAAAAGUUUUAAGAUUCCGUAUUUCCUUGUUUUUGCUCACACAUAUCACCAUGUCCUCAUAUCUUUAUAUAAAAACAGAAUUAAUGAACAUCUCCGAACAACCCAAAGAGAAAAUCUAUCAUACCUUAACACACGAGAUAUAUAGAUAUGGAGACUGUAGUGGUGAUUGUGGGAACUGGACCAGCUGUUUAGCAACAUCUGUUUAUCUAAGCCAACACUCAAUCCCAAACAUGAUCCUCAAGAAAGAAGACAUCUACGCAUCACUUGGGAAGAAAUGAGCUUAUGAUCAACUCAAACUUCACUUAGCUAACAAAAUUUGCGAGCUUCCUUUCAUGAUGCACUGUCCCAAUGUUCCAAUCUUCAUGCCCAAAGAACUUUUCAUUAACUAGCUUUACACCUACAAAGUGACGUACGUGUCUCCAGCAUUUUACGGGCUCAAGAUAAACAUAUUAAUAUCUUACCACAAACUUUUUAUGAAAAUCUAAUUAAUAUACCAAUAAAAAUAUAUAAAACCAUUUUAUAUGCACUAGUUUUAGCGAAGAGAUAAAAUUAGAUUAGUAAGAAAAUUAUCAUAAAAUUAUAUAGGUGAUUGCGAACAUCUUCAUCAUUUAUGUAUGUUAACUGAAAUAUAUACAGUUUACAUGUCAAGAUAUAAAUGAUAAACUAAUAUAAAAAUGUAAAAAUAAAAUAUUAACCAAUAAAAUAUUUGCUAAAAUAUGGACAAAACAAAAGAAAAAUUAGGAAAAAGUCAUCAAAUGUCUAGCUAUACAUCCAUUUUCAUUUCUCUUCUCGUGCGACCUAACUCUCACACUUGAAAUUCUAAUAAAAAUUGCUGCGGAAAAAGAUGCUGAAGGAAGAGAGCAAACAAAAUAUUGAGACAAAACUUAAUUAGAAACAUGGAAGAGAAGAGAAUAAGAAAAGAUAAACCACCGGCGGCGAUUUUAAAUCUCUGGUUUCGUUCAGUGGCCAGCCUAACGAUGUCACGCAAAUGAGAAAAUGGAGAUUGCGUUCUGCAUCUUUGGCUGUGUUUAGUAUGAGGAUUCAAGAAGAAGAAUGGUGAAGGCGUGGAAGAAAAACUGACAUGACCAUAGUGUUUCUUCCGACGAUGAUACCAUGUCUUCUCAAGAUCCUAAACCCAAGAAGAUCGACCAACUCUGGGCAGAAAUAAUGUUACCUUUUCUUUGAACUUUAAUGAAAAUUUUCCUUUCAUUCUGAAUUGACAGGAAAAAAAAUAUAGUUUUGGUAGUCCCCUUUUUGCAAACGACAUAUCAUGCUCUGUAUUGGACGCUGAGAUUUUGGUAAAAUAUGGAACAUGUCCUCCUAAAUAAUACUAAGAAUCUAAUUUAUCUGUUGUCCUUCUCACAAAUAAUUUACCUUCUCGGGUUGUUCUGGGCUUCACAACAGUUCAAUGGGAUAGUGCUAUCUACGAACGAGAAAGUAACUGAGACUAAAAAGGAGGACAGGAGGACUACUUUUUCUAAAGAUUAAGCUGAACUGAUUGUAGAAGCAGGAAACCGAAUUGAAAUAAUAUCUUUCUUUAACUCUGAAUAACUCGGAUAGAAACUGAGAAGAAAACUGUUUUAAGAAAUGGACAUUGAGUCGAAAUACAAUAACUUUCCUUAACUCUGAAUAUUCGUUUUGUAGUGAGACUAAAUUGUACGAAUAUCGAGUCUCAGGAUACAACCAUGUCAGACGAUUCACGCUUCACUCAUGAAUGCCCUAACGAACUAAUAUCUACGAAACACUCUCUAAACUUACGCUUUAGAGUUUUGAUGGUAUUUUUGCUGUGAAAACUUGAGAAAUGAAUAAGGAGGAAAGGCCAUAUUUAAAGAGAAGGAGAAGACCCACUUUCCGCAACAACUGAUGCAUGUGGAUGAGAAUCUCGCGGAGAUCGAGAGAAGUUGAGUUGCGAAACUUAUUCUUUAAGAGUCGGUUCUUAAUUUUUUUAGUUGAAAGUUAAAAGAGGGGGUUCUUAUAUUCCGCUAAGAGCUCCACCCUAAGAAUCCCCUUUAAUCAUGCUCUUAGGUUCUCUCCCCCUAGUCCCUAGUCCCUACCCUAAGGAUCAUGAAUAAGGGAGGAGAAAUCUCAGAUUCCAUCCCGAACGAUCUCAUCGUCAAGAUAUUCUCUAGACUGCCUGCAAAGUCAGCUUCGUGGUUUCGAAGUUAUGGUAUUCAUGCUUCACCGUUCAUAUUUCACAGAGCUGUUUUUGACCAGUUCACGGACUCGCCCACGUCUCUUAUUUGUCUUCGAACUAGAUACUAAAUUCAGCUUCUUCUCAUAGCCCCAGCUUCAGAAUCCAUAUAAGAAGUCUUCUCUUGUAGCCCCGGUCGGUAUAUAUAUGAUACUUUGAUGGCUUCACCUCUGGUUUGAUCUAUUUCUGUAGUAUGUAUUUCUCGUAAAAGAGUGGUAUGGAGAGUUCAAAGCCUGUGAUAUUUAACCCUAGUACGCAACACUAUGUUAGCUUACCUAAACCGAGAAGGAGACACUGCAAAUACUUGGGAAUCUUUUUAGGGUUUGAUCCGAUUGACAAUCGAUUCAAGGUAUUAUGGAUCAGGAUGACUGGUAAAUCUACUUAUAAAAUUCUGACAUUAGGAACUGGGGAAAUGAGGUGGAGGAAUAUCCAAUCCCCCUUGAACCAUGAGGCUUAUAAACCAUCUAUAUGCAUCAAUGGGGUUUUGUAUUACUUAGCUCUAGCUUUAAGCUCGAGUGAUUCGUCUCAUGCUCCUGUGUUAGUUUGCUUUGAUGUUAGGUCUGAGAAAUUAAAGUUUAUUGACGCAGAGUUCUUUGCUUAUUUUCGUACUAAAUUUAUAAACUACAAAGGUAGAUUUCGUGUGUCUCAAUGGAAGAAUGAUGUUGAUGGCAAUAUCGCUGAGUUGCGUGUGUGGGUCUUACAGGAUAUAGAGAAACAGAAAUGGUCCAAAAAUGUCUACACUUUGCCGGCUAUUAGUGAACUUGUUGGUGUCGCCGGAGCAACAUCUACAGGUGAUAUUGUUUUGUCGAUGGGAUAUCGUACAUCUAAACCAUUUUAUGUUUCCUACUUCAAUCUCGAAAGGAACACUCUCCAGAGUGUUGAAAUCCAAGGUUUUGGAGAAUGCAGUGAUGAGGAUAGAUAUAGCGUUUCUGUGUUCGUGGACUAUGUAGAGGAUCUUAAUCUCAAUGAUGCAAAGUACUUCAAUUAGUCGAUUCAAGGCCAAAACCACAAAGAAAACUCUGCAACUAUGCUCCAUCUUUGAAGAACAAGCAGCCGACAACCUUCCUGCUGAACAAGUACAAAUUAUUAUUAGCAAAGUUAUAAUGAGGACAUGUGCUGAUUUGUUGUUCGCUAAUCGGAUCUUGGAGGCCAAGUGACAUUCUUGUAUAACAAGUGUCUCGCUGUUUUUGGCUGUGAUUUCUCAUUUACAGGUUUGGUAUGAGCUGUUUUGUUCUUUCUGGUUAUAAUUGUGGUGCUACUUAGGAAUUGGGAGAAAAGUAGCAAACUAGUGUUUGUUUUAUCUUUACAUUGCGCUUCCUAUAACUCGUUUUUUCAUGUUAUAAUGUUUUUAAAACGUUCAUUUAAGACCUCUAUAAUAUUCUUGUUUUUUUUUA